UCUGAAUUCUGAAAUAGAGAGAGACGGAGAGCAGGAAUUCGUCUGAACCUGAAGGAAGCGAAGGACAGCGGGUUAAGAGUUGUGUUCAUGGACGAUUACGAGGACCUGCAAUCUUAGAGGAUGAUUGGGAAUGGCCACGAGGCGAACGGAAUAUACUUGCUGGACACACCGGAUAGAGCUUUUGGACCACCUCAUGGAGUUGCCUUAGAGUCAGUCUUGUCAGAAUCUAUUGACAAAGUCUUGUUAUGUCAUUUUCAGUUUGGUCAUUUGUCUUUUUCUGGUUGGAGUCAUUUGUUUCCAGAUAUGUUUAAGGGAGUGUCUUUACCGAGUCUUCAUUGCGAGGCGUGUGAACUGACAAAGCAUUGUAGGCAUUCUUAUUCAAUUGAAGAGAAAAAGCAAGCAGCUGCAGAUGUUUUGUUUCAAUAUUCAAAAUUUGUUAUGGUCUGUAUUGGGGAGGGAGUUCAGCCCAGUGAUUUAAGGUUGCAUCUAAUGAAGGAAAUUUCAGGUAUGCCAACUUCUUUGAAGAAGGCACCAUCCCAAACAACAGCUUCACCUGAUGCAGUGGGUGAACCAUCAAGCUCUGGUACAACUAGAGGAGACAGAUCAGACAGCACUUACGCACUAUGAUUUGGAAUCUUGGUUAAGAUUUCCAACAAUUUGCAAGUUCAAUAGUUCAGAAGCUCUAAGGCGCGUAAACUAAAAGGAUAAAAUCCUUUCCCUGUUUUGUUGAUAACGAACCUUAGCAUCUUUGUUGUUAUAAGAUUUCUGGAUCAUUUGGAUCUACCUUUGCUUGGUAAUGGUGGUGCAAUCCUGAUAAGAUUAUAGGUUCUGAUUGUUUAAAAUUAGAGAAAUUGGAUGCCUUGUCACUCUCCUGAUGUAUAUUCAGUUUAUUUUUUUUCAUGAAAUGAAAGAAUUUCCAGAUAAGGAAUUCCUUGGAUGAUAGGACAGGUUAUGUUCAGACCAAUGUUAUUAUGACAAAACUUAAGCAGGUUUCUGGUAUUUUGAUUGAA